ACUGCCGUUUACGUUUCCUUUCUUUUUUGUUUCUCUGUCCGCUAUGGAAGAACUGAUAAUCUCUCCAGCUUCAUCUUCUUCACUGGUUUAUUUUACCCAAGAAACUUCAACACAUUCAACUAUCCAGCAGUGUCUCCAGUUCGUAGUUCAGAGCCAGCUGAAUUGGUGGACUUAUGCCAUACUGUGGCAGACAUCAAACGAUGAACACGGUCGUCUGUUCUUGUCGUGGGGAGAUGGGUAUUUCCAUGGCACCAAAGAUGCGUCUCCAGCGUGCCUAGGAAGUGACAGAAGUAAGGUGAUGAAAGGAAUCAAAGCACUCAUUGGAGAUAAUAACAAUGAAUUUGAUGUGUCGAUGAUCAACGGGUGCGGCGUCUCCGAUGCUGAAUGGUUCCACGUGAUGUCGUUGACUCGAACUUUCCCUGCCGGAGAAGGGAUUCCGGGCAAGGCUCUUAGUACUGGCUCUUUGGUUUGGUUAACCGGUGCUCAUGCAACGCCGUUUUACAAUUGUGAAAGAGCUAUAGAAGCACAAAUGCAUGGCAUUGAAACGCUGGUUUGUAUACCAACUUCUUGCGGGGUUGUUGAACUAGGAUCCAUGGAAAUGAUCAGUGAAAAUUGGGGUUUGGUCCAGCAAGUUAAGUCCCUAUUCGGGUCUGAUCCCAUUGGCUUGGUGGUGCCAAAACAAUCAGGUCAGUUCCCUGACGUAAACAUCUCUUUUGCCGACAUCGGAAUAGUUUCCGGUGUCGAAGAAGAAGAUGCAAGUCCUGAUAAUGAAACCAAGCAAGAAAUCCCCAACAACAGAACCAAGAAAUUCUCCACCAAAACCGGGCAAUCUUCGUAUGUGGACUCAGAGCAUUCCGAUUGUGAUCGUCCAUUGUUACUAGCCACGAGUCACAUGGAGAAGAGAAACUCAAAGAAACGUGGAAGAAAACCCGGGCUCGGGCGAGAGACACCGUUGAACCACGUGGAAGCUGAGAGGCAACGCCGCGAGAAGCUGAACCACAUGUUCUACGCUCUCCGAGCCGUAGUUCCGAACGUGUCGCGCAUGGACAAAGCAUCGCUCUUAUCUGACGCUGUGUCGUACAUCAAUGAGCUCAAGUCGAAAAUCGAUGAACUGGAAUCGCAGCUUCAGAAAGAGUGUAAGAAACUGAAGGUGGAAACGGCUGAGGGUAUGGAUAACCAAAGCACCACCACUUCAGCAUCCCCUAAUAAUUCUUCAGCAUCUCCUGCAACACGAGGCUCUGUUGGUCUCGAUUUCAAUAUCAAGAUCAUCGGAAAAUAUGCGAUGAUUAGGGUUCAGUCAGAGAAUGUGAACUGUCCAGCUGCAAGGCUAAUGGUUGCCCUCCGUGAUCUGGAGUUUAUGAUCCAUCAUGCAAGCAUCUCAUGUGUGAACGAGAUCACGCUCCAGGAUAUCCUUGUCGCCGUCCCCGAUAAACUUAGAAAUGAACAAGGACUCAAAUCUGCUCUUCUCAAGAGGCUCGACCAGUAAGUUUAUUGCCAUUGCGGUAGCCGGCAAUAAUAAGGGCUAUUAUGGUCGUGAAAGUGCAUUUUUAUCGCGGCCGCUAUUUCGAUAAGGGACUUUUAUUUAAGUUCUUGGUAAGAGUGUGAUUUAUGUGAAAGUUCAAUUAUCUGUAUUGUCGUUUUAUUUGUCCGUCAAAUCCCAGUUGUUUUUUCUUUGAU